CGCGGGCAUCCUCAUUUUUUGGGGUCCUCAGUGUAAAAUACGCGGAAGUGACAGGCGGAAGAAGCCUCGACGGACGCGGUUUGGUCUGUCAAAGGAGGAAAAAUUUGCAGAAUUUAACACAAAGAGGUUAAUCCCACCAAAUAGCACCGAUCGUUCCCCACUUUCCUUGACCUCGGCGUCUGCUGCGAUGAUUCUGUUAGAAAUCAAUAACCGCAUUAUAGAAGAGACGCUGACGUUGAAGUUCGACGGCGCAUCCAACGGAACCAAACCAGAGGCUGUCGAUGUGACAUUUGCAGAUUUUGAUGGCGUCUUAUACCACAUCUCAAACCCUAAUGGGGACAAGACCAAAGUGAUGGUCAGCAUCUCCCUGAAGUUCUACAAGGAGCUGCAGGAGCAUGGAGCUGAUGAGCUGCUCAAGAGAGUCUAUGGGAAUUUCCUGGUCUCAACAGAGUCUGGCUACAACGUGUCCCUCCUGUACGACCUGGAUGCAUUACCAGCCAACAAAGAUGAUGUUAUCCACCAGGCGGGGAUGCUCAAGAGAAACUGCUUUGCCUCAGUGUUUGAAAAGUACUUCAAGUUCCAGGAGGAGGGCAAAGAGGGCGAGAGGAGGGCUGUGGUCCACUACAGAGACGAUGAGUCCAUGUAUGUGGAGGCCAAGAAAGACAGAGUGACAGUGGUGUUCAGCACAGUGUUCAAAGACGACGACGACGUCAUCAUCGGCAAAGUCUUCAUGCAGGAGUUCAAAGAGGGUCGGCGAGCCAGCCACACGGCCCCCCCGGUGCUGUUCAGCCCAAGGGAGCCUCUUCCUCUGGAACUGAAGGACACAGACGCUGCCGUUGGGGACAACAUUGGUUACAUCACCUUUGUCCUGUUCCCUCGUCACACCAAUGCCAAUGCCAGAGACAACACCAUCAACCUCAUCCACACCUUCAGGGACUAUCUGCACUACCACAUAAAGUGCUCCAAGGCUUACAUUCACACACGUAUGAGGGCCAAGACGUCAGACUUCCUCAAGGUGCUGACCCGCGCUCGACCCGACGCUGAGAAGAAGGAGAUGAAGACCAUGUCUGGAAAGACUUUCUCCCGCUGAGGCCACCUCCUUCCAGAGAAAUCCAGACCCCGUGGACAUGUCACACUGAGACUCAAUGCCACAACGGACAGGACUCCAGGGCACCUGUAAAUGCCCCUGCCCAGCCCCUCAAAAACAUGCCCAGCCUUUUUCUGUUUUUGUUUAAUUAAUGAUAUUGUUUGCUCCACUUAGGGGAAUUACACUCUCAAGAAUAACGGAAGAAGGGCAUUUGUUGCUUUGCAUUGUUAAAGAGAAUUAUUAGUCCUAUAUAAAUAUAUAUAUGAAAAAAAAA